GUAAGUGUGUGUGUAUAUAUAUGAGAUCGAAUUGAGAGCGAUAUUAUAUUCUCUGUUUGAACCUCGUUGAAGAAAUCAUCAAGGAAAUGAAGCAAGCUCUCGUGGUAUUGGCGUUCCUCACCAUCUUUGUGUGGACCGUGGUUUCAGUGCCUGGUCAAAUUAAGAAAAGUUGUUGCCUGACUGCUUCAGCACAACCUCCUCACUACAAGAAGUUGACGAAUUAUGAAAUACAGGAAAAUGACGGUCGUUGCAACAUCAAAGCUGUGAUAUUCUACACUAUAACAAACAGAACUAUCUGCUCAAAUCCAGCUAAUAAACGAAUAAAAAUGCUUAUGAAACGAUUUCGGUUAAAAGUUUGAAAUCCUGAGAAUAGACAUGGAUUUUCCGUGACAGGAGAUGGAACCAUUUGAAUGUCUGCAGCACAAAGUCGAAAAAGAAUUUCUCUUAUGUUUCCGCUUUUGAUUCUAUAUAUGGAGAAGUGACUGAUGAAUUGUUUGUAACUGUAGCUAUUCCUUUUUUGCUUAGUUUUAUUUCUGUUGCUGUAAACAGAGAUUUAUUCUUGAAAUGCCGACAGUGAUAUUUAUUCUAGUUGUAACAUAAUUUGUCUGGAACCCAGAACCUAGUUUGUUUUUUUCAAUGUAUUUAUGAUUUCCUAAAAUGAUGCUUUAUAUUUGAAUCAUUUGUGUUUUGUUUAUGGUCUGUAUUUGAAUGCAAUGCAUUCCCAAAUUCACAGGGAACAGUUUAUCACUUUUAUUUAUAAAGGUGGACCCUCUUAGCAAUACAAACUUCCACACAGCACUUGGAAUAAAGAAUCCCAAUUUCAUGCACAGUUUGUCACAUGUUGUUUACAUUCUAACUGCCUGCAACCAUUUUACUGAAUUGAUGCAUUGUCUAAUGAUUGUCUUAAUUCUAUAAGAUGUGAAAUUAAAACAGUUUUUUUUGAAUGGUUGAAAGAUUAAAAUGUUAUAAAUUAAGAAAAGUUCUCAUGUAUUUUAAAGUCACAUGCAGCGAGUAGGGAAAGGAAAGGCAAUUUUUUUUAACCCCAUCACCUAAGAUCUUGAACAUCUCUCACCUUCUUUUUGUUGAAGGAUAUCUCAGGCCUUCUGGAGGAACCUAACAGCUGGCCUGAUGAAUGCUUCAGGCAACUGCAGCCAAAAUUUGGACUCAUUGCUCAGCAAGCGAUGUGUAUUUAUUCUUAGUUUUCAAAAUCAUCCCAUGCAAACAUAGUUCCUACAUUCAUGCAAACUGCACUUUUGAACAAUUGAACAAAUUGGUCCAGGUGAUAGUCAGUUUCUUUUAUAAAAAGCCCAAAACAUAGGAUAAAUGCCUCACAGCUCGGCUCAUUUUGCUCAUUGCUGAACUAGAAAUCUUUCAACUAAUCGACUGUAAUUUGAUAUAUUUAAAUGUAUUUCAAUUGUGCAUUUUCACAUGCAACUGAUUAAUAAAAUGGUAACAUCUUCUUGCUC